UGUAAAUGAGAAGUUCUGAGACUCCUUAUAUAUGUAUCGUAUAGAGAGAUUUAUAUUGGUGUGCGUGUGUGUACACACCUGUUACAGAGUGGAAUUCGGAAAGGUAAGAACUAUGUACAGAAAAAAAAACCUAACUGUAAACACGAUAUUAUUGGAUGGCAUUGUGGAUCAGUCGUGAUCGAUAGUUUGAGAGACUAUUUUGUGUGAAUAUGUUGCGAGAGUUCCUUCUAAGUUUCACAUUAAUAUGUGCGACACAGUGCGAAUAUUCCCCUUCUUAUUCAACAGAAAACUUGUACGCGAUACUCGAUCGGACGACAGAAUACUUCAAAAAUCUCAGUGAUGCGUACAAUAUAUUAAAUAAUGAUACUAGGAAUAAUAUUAACAACGAAAUUGCAAAAUAUAUGAACGAUAAGACUAAAGAACUUCUGAGAAACAAGCGACAAAAAAGAAGCCUUGAAAAUGAACCCAAUAAAGGUAUAAACGUGCUGCAAAGUUUCGAAGAGACUUUAUCCUUCAAUUUACCGGAUUUUCAAGACACGGCCUUUUUUUUCGUACAGGAUGAAAACCGAUUUCUCUGGUUCGCAGUUGCCGUCAAUUCCUCAGAUAUAUUAUUUUAUCAAUUGGUUAAUAAUCAAGCGCAACUUAUCAGAACAUAUCCGCAGCCCAAUGGAAAACGGAUAAUUGUAUAUAAUUAUAGCGCCGGUACGCUUAUAGUCGUGCAGAAGGAUUUCGAAGGAAUCGUUAUUCUGUGUCUUAGCAAGGACGAAAAUGGAACAUACGAAUUGCAGUUCAAACAAGAGAUCGAAAUUCUCGAAGUGAUGCAUACGCAUAUCUGGCUCGAAAUGAAUCAGCUGUAUUUAGGAAUUGCUUCGGAAACAAAAAUAUCUAUAUUCGUCUGGCUCGGAGAGAACUUCGACAAGAUUGAUACGUUAUUCUAUGGAGCAAGAAAACUCUUGCCUUUUCAGAGCAAAAGUUUCAUGCAUAUUGUCGUCGUAGGAUCAUUCACGAAAAUACUCCGGUUUUCUAUGCGUUCUAACAAAUUCGUAGAGAUACAAAAAUUACAUUACGCCAACGACGUCAGUUCGUUUCACUUCAAAGAGGGUCAUUUCGAAGAGCGCUUUCUAGUUUUAGCCGGUAAUGAGUCUACGAUCUUGUACAAGGAGAUGUACGGCCGCUUCGUGCCAUUUCAAAAAAUCGCUCCGACGAGACAGAUUCUUUCCUUGACAAUGGGCAACACCGUCGUCCUAUUUUCAGUGGAACAGAAUACCGUAGGAAUUUAUCAAUACAACGGCUGGAGAUUUUUAAGAUUGCGUACGAAAUUAUCGAACAAAUUUCGACAAAUUCGUUCUAUUCGCUCAUAUGACGAAGACAUGCUCGUAAUACAGGAUCAGGCUGGAGAAUGGAAAUUCUUAAAUCCUACUUGGACGGUAAAGAAAACGUGGAAAUCUUUGCUGGACGAAACAGCCACUUGGUGUUUCGAGACCAAACAACAGGCGUCUCAGAGAACUUUGAAAAAACUUCCAGAUUUAAAGAGUCCCGUGAUUUCGAACGCGCACAUCGGUCAGCUUCGUAUGCAGAAUAUUAACGGUCAGAAUGCAGAGGAAUUGAUCCAGUUGACGGAGCGAUACAAGAGUAUAAUUGCAAAAUUAAAUCUGACAAACAGCCUCUUGACACAAAGAACAGAAGAUGCUGAAAAAUCUAAGCAUACAGUCUUGCAUGGCAAAAAGCUCACAAUCAACUGUAAAACGAAUUGUCAUAUUCAUCGUAUAAUUACAGAUGGCGGGAUUAAACCCAAAUAUGUGAAAUCCAAACCCAAUGAGGUCCUACGGCUCGCCAAAUUGAAAGUAAAGACACUAUUUGACUGGAGAUGCCCUGUUCCUAAUUUUAAGAUAGAUGAUAUUUUCGUUAAGAAAUCUAUUAACGGGAUACUAAUGCGAGAUCUGCAAGAAAGAGCUUUGAAAGUUUCAGGAGAUCAAGUAAUUACAGGUAAUCAUGUUUUCGCCAAUUUGCGUGCGACAGACGUUUCAAUUCCUUUAGACAUUGCGACAAGAAGCAUUGAGCAAACAGUGUACAUGAAAGAGGCGAGAGUAAAAGAUUUAUAUCUAACCAAGGACGAAUUCUUUUUGCCAUUAAAUGGUCCCAUCACUAUAAUGCACGGUUCGAUAACUGCUACAAAAGUAAGACUUACAGGACUUGUCAAAACAUCAGGCAAAAUAACAGGCAGAGGAAUUGAAAGAUUAAAGCCUUUGAAAGAGAUUCUCACACCGUUGGUAUUGUCUGGUGAUCGUUUCCUGCAGAACGUAACGUUUAGCAACUUCGUUAAAGCUAAAGAUAUCGUCAGGUCUCGUGGGCUGUCGAUGAAAGAAAUCUUAGAGGAUACUAUACCGUUAGAUUCUAACGUAUCGGUACAUUUGAUAUUAUCCAGCAACAAAACACAAUGGAGCAACGUGACUAUGUGGGACUUCGUUACCACGAAUUUCGUAACGAAAAAUUCUGCUGAAAUUAUUGUUAUUUCUGGAACAAAAUACACGAAUAAUAGUGUCACUUUGUCAAGCGCUGCCCAUCAAAACCUUCCCAUUCCAAAAUUGACGAUUCCCCUAUGUGCAAAAGAAGUCAUCACUCCGGAAAUUAGAACUUCUUCAAUAAAAAUGGGCGAUAUAUUUGUAAAAAAUUUAAAUGUUUCACAUGUUCUUGGAGCUCAAAAUCUGAAUACGACUGUUUUCGAUUCGGUGUCAGAUUUGCACAGCAUUGACUUUUCAGCGAAGCUAUUCACGGGUCAGGUUUUUGUAAAGAACAUAUCAGCGUCAAAAAUUAAAGGAAUAAAUAUAAAAAUGAACGAGUGGACAGGUGAAAGUCACAUCAAAGGACCAGUAAAUCUUAAGAAACUCGUCGUUAACAAUCUCGAAACGCCAGCCUACUUCAAUCUCUCUUUACCUACAAGAGUAAAGAACGUAAUUAUAAAAGGAGAUAGCGACAUUGGAAAAAUCAACGAUAUAAACAUACAAUCUUUUAUGGAAAAUGUACUGAAGGUAGAUGAUCUGAUAUCUUUAGGACACGUAACAUUCGCUCGUGGUUUUACGUCAAGCAACAUAUAUGCUUCCCGCUCGACGUUAAAACUUCCGCAUUUAGAUACAAAUCUUAAUUUAGGUUCAAAACAGAUUUCUACUACUCUAAGUACACAUGUGAUAAACGUGCCUCAGACUUUUGGUUACGUCGCAAGCAAUGCACCAUCGACAUUUAUUAUAGAAGGAUCAGUCAGAUUUUUGAAGGAGCCAGUUAUAGAAAAUAUAAAGAAUGUGAAUCUAAAACAAUUAUCUGAAAAUUUAUGGAUGGCAAAUCAGGACACAACUUUAUGUGGUAACAAUAUAUACUUUGAAAAUAUUACUUUAACAGGAGAUAUCAUCUUAAAGCAUUCUAACAAUUCAUUGAAUCUGAACAUGUGGAAGGAUAUGAAAUGCAAAUUUUUAAGCAAAACAGAAACACAGCAUAUUACUGUAGCUUCGUCGUUUAAGAAUGUUGAGGUGCCUUCUAUGAACGCAGAAAAUAAUUCAAUUUUACAAUCUUCAGACUUGAAUUUGAAUAAUUUGCUGACUAACUCCUUGAUGAAAAAUACGACGCAAACUGUUGCUGCUGCGUGGCGUUUUGAAGAAUUGUACAUAAAUAAUAUGAUUUGGGAUGGUAAAUUUAACGGAAUCGAUUUAAAUACGGAUAUUGUUAGGCGUGAUACAAAACGUAACGUUAUCACCGGUAAGAAAAUGAUAUUAAGCUUGACGACUAAAAAUCUCCAGGCAUUAAAUAUAAACUUUUCGAACUUUACUAAAUAUGCUGUAACUAAAAAAUGUCAGAAGUUGUUGGUGAUUAAAGGUCAAAAAACUUUUACCAACAUUACUUUGAAUAAUUUGAGCGUCAAAGGUACGAUUAUGGGUCGCAAUAUCGAAGACGCGUUACUGAAAUGUGGAAAUCAAACGCUGUUUGGAACCAAGAGGAUACAAGGGCAGCUUAAUGCAACAUCUCUUGUUAUUGAUGGUACUGUGAAUAAUGUAAAUCUGACGGAGUUAAUAAACAAUCAAAUGAAGAAACGUAAAGCGAUGCAGACGAUAGAAAGUAAGAUGGAUUUCAGAAAUGAAAUUGAAAUUUUUGGGAACAUCACAAUCGGUGGACUCUACGAAGGGUUAAACUUAACAAAUAUUGCGAAAAAUAAAAUAGACAUAGUUUUUGAUAGAAUGACGGAAGUCAUGACAUUGACGGAAGAUAUAACAACUGCAUUGCAAAAUCGUGCUAUUUAUGUGAAUAAAUUUGAAGUAGUGGACAAGGAUGUAUUGCAAACCAUUUCUAAUAUUUCUAACACAGAGGACAUGAAUCUUAACAGUACCUGUCUUUGCGAGUCAGAGAGUACGUCUUCAAUUUGUAACGAUACGGAAUUAUUGUAUGCUAUCGCCGGUAUAAAUAUCAGCGCGGUUAUGACGAAGAAAUUGAUACUGCUGGAUGAUACUAUGUUUCUAGUAUUAGUGUCAAAAGAUUUCGUCUCAAUUUAUUCGUAUACCGAUGAACAAUUUUAUCAGGUAGCAGGAUUAUAUGUGCCUGAUAUACUCGAAGUAUUUGUGGAAUCAAUCGAUUAUUCGUUAUGGAUUUUUUUGCGAUUGUUCGAGGAAAUCUUAAUAUUGCGUUAUCACGCGUGGAACGAACUCAAUCAAUACGUUUUACCAGGUUCGAGUUCGUUUGUAAUCAGUAAGAUACCGAAUGGUCAACAUCUGUUAAUACGAUCCGAUGGUAUGUGGAAUCUCGGAGGACUUUUCCGUCCGGAACACAUUUUUAAAAUAUCUCUGGAGGGGCAAAUAAAGACCUUCAUUUUCGAUGCCAAUUAUUAUGUCAAAGCAACAACAGAGAACAGCACGACCGUUUUAAAAGCACGAUAUGUCGGCAACUAGUACGCGUAAAGUGUUAUUUCUUAGUAAUAUCUGUAGAGAGUUUAUUCAAAUUCGAGAAAUUCGGUGUGUACCCAUACAUAAGUAUUUACUUUAUAUUUAUCGUUCUUACUUGCA